AUGGUCAUGGCUCAGGAACUUAAAGACACCCAGAAGAUGGGCAAAGCAAACACUCUCAUCGUACAGCGGAAUCCUAGAUGGCCGAUUACGGCGAAAGAUGCCCGGGAACAACAGAUAGUGUUCUACGACUGUGAUUUGCAUCAGCUCUAUCCCGCCCAAUGCGUUGAUGCUGUAAUAGAGGAUGGGACUUAUACAGUGUUUAUGACCUUCGGUUACGAAUUGGCUAUCAAUGAGGAUAUAAUAGCCUCGGUUGGACGAGCGCUCCAGUACCGCAACAGCCACCGUGGUCGGCCGAUCCAGUAA